AUGGUCGUCGACAAGAGAAAUGCCGCGUACUUUUGUGCCUUGCAGAUAUUUGGUUUCAUUAUUUACGGCGGAGUCUUGCGACAGAAAAAAUUUCUCUUCGAUGACAGGCGAGCUAUUGAAGAAAAUCUAGCUCUUCGAGCUGAUUUAAACCCUCUUUAUCAUCUGGCGCUCUACGAUUUUUGGGGAGCUCCGAUACGCUCUGAAACAAGUACUCAUAGUUGGAGGCCGUUAGUCUCGCUCUCUUUCCGAUUGCAGAAGUCGAAUCUUUUUUGGAUGCAUUUCUUCAACAUAUUUCUUCAUGCAACAAAUGCAUUUUUAUUCGAACGACUUUCCCAAAAGUGCCUCGACACGGACUUUGUUCCCCACAUUGGUGGAUUUUUAUUCCUUUCGUAUCCAGUCAUGUCGGAAGCUGUCUACACUCUUGUUGGCCGCGCUGACAUGCUCGUUGCCACCAUUCUGCUGGUGUUGCUCGGCCAAAUCGCGAAUGAACCGCAGAAUGAGUGGCUCAUGCUGGCCGCCGCGGUCGCGACGAUUCCAAUAAAAGAAACUGGCUUGAUCCUGUUUCCUCUUUUUCUUGCGAGCCAAUUCUUGCUCCAUCGACAAUCGGCAAAAUCGGUCCAAGUGCCACUAGCACCUCUGGCAGUCUUCGUCGUUCUCGCAAGUUGUCGCAUUAUGCUCACACGCGUAAAUGUGGCGAAAUUCAGCCAGCUGGAUAACGAUUUACCUUCCCGCGUUCAUGCACUUGGAUUGAUCUUCGAAAACGUAAGACAGAUGGUUUGCCCGAUCUCGCUUUGCCACGACUGGUCAAAAGGAACAUAUUCUUUCUCGGAAUGGAACUGCCUUGGUUCCUGUCUGAUAGCGAUUCUCGUCGGAAAAUUACUUUUGCAUGGCGAUAAAUGGACGAAGACGAGUAUUCUACUGAGCGCAUUUCUGUACCUUCCCUCUUCCAAUCUCAUAUCAUUCGUUGGAUUUAUACGAGCAGAGAGAUGUCUCUAUCCGGUUUCGAUUGGUUUCCUUCUCUUUGUUCUAAGAAUAACGAAUGAAGCAAUGAAAAAGGCAAAUCUUUCAAAGUUUUCGAAGAAACUUCUGCAUCUAAGCUGGAUAGUAAUAUUCUCAGCGAAGGCACAUAUUCGCGGACGCGCUUGGUUGGAAAACGAGCUGAUCCUUUCCGAAACAGCUGCCGCGCUUGGCUCGGUGAAGUCAACGGUCAACUUGGCGUUGGCUUACGCAGAUCUGGGCCAGUUGGAGAAAUCGGAAAUUUUGAUGAGAAGCGCGCUAAGCCGGCAUCAGUCGGCGGACAUGUUCUACAACUUCGGAAGCAUCCUUUUCGAGAAGAACGAAAGUGCUCGCGCAGAGAGCAGCUUCCAAAGCUGUCUCCGACGUAAAAGGAGCCAUCCUCUUUGUCUCCUCAAUCUCGGUGUUCUCAACGAACGAAGUGGCGAGAAAGAUAAAGCUCUGGGAUUUUACGAGAAAUGCUUCACGAAUUCUCGCAGAUGCCGGUUCAACCUUGGAAGAAUACGAUUUCAAGAAGGAAACUACAAUCGCUCGCUAGAAGUGCUCGAAUAUCAAUCUGACGCCCGGGCACUGGUGGUCGAUUACAAUAACCACGAGCGUGCUUCUUACUUCAGUCUCUUGGCAAUAAACUAUUUGAAACUGAAUCAAAACGAUAAAGCCAAAUGGUGGUUGGAACGCGCUCUCGCCGAAGACCCACUGCAUAAAACCUCACUGCGAUUAAAAAACUAUUUAUGA